AAUCUGUCCCCAGGCGAAGUGCCCUCUCACCGAGAUGCCGAUAGACUAUCUUGGCGCUCCCAGGCCCAGAGAGCUUAUGUUUUGGUGUUCCAGGAGAGUGUGUGAGGGUCUCUGUGUGUGUGAGUGAGUGUGCGUCUGUGUGUAUGUGUGUGCGCGAGCUCGCCAAGCGCGUGGCACUGUGAGCUUCCACUCCCGGCACAGAGCAGGCAAAGCCGGGGACGUUACUCUUCAAGCAGCCUCCGCCCCCUCAGCUCGAUGAUUGGCUGGCUUUGCGCAGCCUUUCCUUGCUAGAAGAGGAAAGGGCCAGUGACGCCCCCAAGCCAGCUGCAGAAGCGGCCGCCACCUCCAAAGCACAAGGUGUCUCAUCUGAAAAGAAAGCUGUGCCCCAGGGAGGCGGCGCGGACGACCCUGGCAGAGCUGGCGCGAACCGGGAGAGAGGGCGCUGGGCAGCGCUCGAGGACAAGAGGGAGCUCGGCCACAGAAGACCCCAGCGACCUGAUCCUGGGAUCUCGACUCCAGGCUCUCCUCGCAUUUUACAGGUUUCCCCCCGGCGACUAUCUCCCCAAAACGGAGCCUUUAUAUCAAGAGAAGGUGCGGGAGCUGGGGCAACCAGGACUUUCCCGGGCACCCAAGAUGCGCUCCAUUAGGAAGAGGUGGACGAUCUGCACAAUAAGUCUGCUCCUGAUAUUUUAUAAGACAAAAGAAAUAGCAAGAACGGAGGAGCACCAGGAGACGCAACUCAUCGGAGAUGGUGAAUUGUCUUUGAGUCGGUCACUUGUCAAUAGCUCUGAUAAAAUCAUUCGAAAGGCUGGCUCUUCAAUCUUUCAGCACAAUGUAGAAGGUUGGAAAAUCAAUUCCUCUUUGGUCCUAGAGAUAAGGAAGAAUAUACUUCGUUUCUUAGAUGCAGAACGAGAUGUCUCAGUGGUCAAGAGCAGUUUUAAGCCUGGUGAUGUCAUACACUAUGUGCUUGACAGGCGCCGGACGCUAAAUAUUUCUCAUGAUCUACAUAGCCUCCUACCUGAAGUUUCACCAAUGAAGAAUCGCAGGUUUAAGACCUGUGCAGUUGUUGGAAAUUCUGGCAUUCUGCUGGAUAGUGAAUGUGGAAAGGAGAUUGACAGUCACAAUUUUGUAAUAAGGUGCAAUCUAGCUCCUGUGGUGGAGUUUGCUGCAGAUGUGGGAACUAAAUCAGAUUUUAUUACCAUGAAUCCAUCAGUUGUACAAAGAGCAUUUGGAGGCUUUCGAAAUGAGAGUGACAGAGAAAAAUUUGUGCAUAGACUUUCCAUGCUGAAUGACAGUGUCCUUUGGAUUCCUGCUUUCAUGGUUAAAGGAGGAGAGAAGCACGUGGAGUGGGUUAAUGCAUUAAUCCUUAAGAAUAAACUGAAAGUGCGAACUGCCUAUCCAUCAUUGAGACUUAUUCAUGCUGUCAGAGGCUACUGGCUGACCAACAAAGUUCCUAUCAAAAGACCCAGCACAGGUCUCCUCAUGUAUACACUUGCCACAAGAUUCUGUGAUGAAAUUCACCUGUAUGGAUUCUGGCCAUUUCCUAAGGAUUUGAAUGGAAAAGCUGUCAAAUAUCAUUACUAUGAUGACUUAAAAUAUAGGUACUUUUCUAAUGCAAGCCCUCACAGAAUGCCGUUAGAAUUCAAAACAUUAAAUGUGCUACAUAAUAGAGGAGCUCUAAAACUGACAACAGGAAAGUGUGUAAAGCAAUAAAGUACAUUUUGAAACAUACAGACAAUAUGCACUUCUUUUCUGAAGAUGCUUCUGAAGAUUUGAAAAUAGGAUCCAAAACAUGGCUGGGUUUCAGCACCCACCAAUUAACUGAAAAUUUAUUGAAAGUCCUUAAUAAAGGACGUUCAUGAGAAAUUUACAACCAGCUGAUGAAAUACCUGAAAAGUGCUCUAAAAAUUAAACAUUCUGACUUCAAGGGUCCUAGUAAGUGCCACUUCCACUAAGAAUACAGUUUGAAUGUAUAAUCAGUAGUGUUUACAAGAUCCAACAGUGCACUCAUCAUUAGUUAGCAAAGUAAAUAUGUUCAUCACUGUCAGGCUGCCCACAGCAACGCCAAGCACAUUAGAAGAGAAACCCCAGGAAUACAACUCAGUCCUUGGGAAAUUAAACCAUCCUUGUCACCAGAAACCAAGACGGAAGCAAUUUGAGCAAUGAAAUCCAUAAGAUUAAACAACUUAAGUACAUGCCUUCAGUCAGGACUCUGAGUCUGAUUACAAAUUUUAUGUUUUAAUUUAUGUUUUUGUUUGUCUUCUGGAAUCUUUUUUGGUUUGGGUAUUGGAGUGCUUAGAAAUCCUUUCUGAGAUACAUAUGAAUGAGGAAAAUAAACUUUAAGUAAUUAUUUUUAAAUUUCUUAUAUUUUUUGGAAAUCUAUCACACAAAGACUUUUUAAAAAAAUGUUUUAUUUUGCACAACUCUAAACCUCCAUAUUAUUUUCCAGUGGUGUAGAAGGUACCAGCUAACCUGUGCCUCUAUGUAAUAUUAGGUCAUUCUAAAGAAAAGAUGUUCCAUGUCAUCUGAGAUGGUAAAAUAGGCAGAAUAAAAAAGAUCUUUGGUACCAAAGAUUAUACUUGUGUUUCUACACAGCAAACCAUUUUUCUUUACUGAAAAUAAUAUAUGCUUAACAUGAAUAUAUUAUUUUGCUAUUAAUGUGAAAGUUGCUCUAAAUAUUUUUAAAUUUCCAAACUCACACUUUAUUUUCAUUUGAAAUGUCUUUCACAUGUUUUACAUUACAUAAUAAUUUUGUGGAAGCAUUUUGCCCUUUAGAAUAAAUAUUUGAUUGAAAUAGAGAAAUGUGACUUCCAGUUCUUUGAUAUUUCCCUUGUCAUUCAAAUGGAAAUAUGGGAAUGCUCUAUACAUUACUGUUCAAUUUAUUAGUGCAGAAAUAUCAAUUUUAAUAGAGUAUUGUUUUCAAAACAAAGAUGAUUAAUUCCAAGAGGUUUAACAAGAAAAUUCUGUGUCAAUAUUUUGCACUUAAAAUAGAUUUAAUUGCCCAACAUAUUCUGUAGUUAAACUUCGUCACAAUAUCACGUGUUUUUCAAGAAACAUAUAAAAUUAUUAACAAAGUAAUUUUAAAAAUUUAAUGUAUAACAGAACUGACCAAUAGGCCAGUUUUCUGGUAACUUAUACUAUGAUAGUAGAUUGUUUGGUUAGAAAGUAGAAGCACUGCAUUCUCACUUCUACUUUGAUUUCUUAUUUCUUGGGGAGACAAUUUGAGGAAAGAAGAAAUGGCACGGAGAAUAUAUAUGUUUGCUUUCUUAGGGAAAACAGUCUGAGAAAUGAAUAAAAACCGUGAAGAGUGUGUGUGUGUGUAUGCGCGCGCUCGCGUGUGUGCUUGUGUGUGUCCAUGGAAAAGGAUAUUCACAGUAGUACAGUUCUCAAUAUUUUUAAUUACAUGUAGUAUUUUUUUAAUUAUAGUAAAACCUUGGGAUAUAGAAUAUUACAUCUUUUGAGAAUGUAUGUGUCUAUAAGUAAAAUAUAAUGCAUAUAGAAGACUGAUAACUGAAAAUGAAUGGAAGGUUGAUGUACUUUUAUAAUUAAACCUCUUAUCUAUUGGGUAUUGUAAGAGAAUUAGACACAAGUUUUUAAUGUAAAGUUGAAAAGUCCGGUUUACUUAACAAAUUAAAAGUGAUUUAUAAAAUCUGAAUUUGGACUACUUUCAACUAAGUUGUUCAAGUUGCCUUUAAUUUAAAUCCAACAAAAAUCUAGAAGUCACAAGCAAAUUUCUUAUAGGUAAAAUCCAUCCAGGCACUCAUUCAAGUAUGUUUUAAAAAAGCAGUAGCAAGGUACCUUGCCAUUUUUAGUAUAUUAUUUCCUUCUCUUCUCUUCUUUUUCUUUCUUUCUUUCUUUCUUUUUUUUUUUUUUUUGAGACGGAGUCGCACUCUGUCACCCAGGCUGGAGUACAGUGAAGUGAUCUCGGCUGACUGCAACCUCCACCUCCUGGGUUCAAGUGAUUCUCAUGCCUCAGCCUCCCAAAUAGCUGGGAUUACAGGAACCCACCACCAUGCCCAGCUAAUUUUGUAUUUUUUAGUAAAGACAAAGUUUCACCAUGUUGGCCAGGCUGGUCUUGAACUCCUGACCUCAGGUGAUCCACCCUCCUCAGCCUCUCAAAGUGCUGGGAUUACAGGUGUGAGCCAUCACACCUUCCCAUUUUUAGUAUAUUUUCAAUAAAUACAUUUAAACAAUGUUAAGGCCACAGCACACAUAUCUCAGCCAUUCAUUGUUCUGUGCAUUGAUGUUUGCCUCAUAGAUGCAUUGAGUAGUGCCUUUUUAGCUUUUUCACAUUGCUUUGUCACGGUAUCCUUUGUGUUCCCUAAUUAUACUGCCCACUUCCAAAAAUGCUCAGCAUGAGAAAAGGGCUUCAGUAUCGACUGAGACUACUUUUGUUCAUCUCAGGGAACUUUCAAUAGUCAAGAAUGAAUUAAGUUAAAGGUAUUUAGGGUUCAAAGAAGACAAACAGUACAAGCCCAUUUUAUUUCUUGUUGCAUACCUUUCCAUCUGCCCUCUGGUUUUCACUGUCUACUGUGGCCUUCUUCUAGGAACAGGGCAAGAUCAAUGAAGGCUAACGAAUAAGAAAAAGAGUUGAGAUUUAAUGAAUAGGGGAGCAUAAAAAAUUAUAACUAAAUCAUAUUAUAAAAGCAUACUUGAAAUAUCUGGAGUUUUCUUUUAAUUUUGAAAAUAUCAUAUAUUCAGUUUUAAUAUUUGAAUUUAUUUUUUACUAUUUAACCCUGUACCUGGCAAUGCUCAGACAGCUGAUUGUGAAAUAUUCCUUUCCUUACAGAACAUGGUUGUUAUUGUGCUGUUGACAUGAAUAGGCCAUGGAAACAUUUUUAUCAUUAUUACUCAGCCUGUGCUUUAAUUAAUGUUAAGUUGUAAAAAAAUAAAAGUUAGCAAGUAAUAGAUUUUCUGGGCAAAUCUAAUGAUUCAGCCCACAGGACUGAUGAAACUACUGUGGAAGUUUUUCUAUCUUAAAGAAGGUGCUGGGCAUUCAAAUGUCUUCAUGUAUUGUAUAUCAUAUGAAUUGUAUAUCAAUUGCUAAUGGGAAUUUCUAUAUUUAUGCUUACAAAAGCAAUUUAUUUAAGUAAUGCUAGAGGUAGUGUACAUACCAAUUAGUUAUUCAGCUACUAUACAGAAAAAGAAUGAACAAAUUAAUUUAUUUCUAAUUGAGCCAGUUAGACAUAAUGAAUAUAAUGUGAUAUUUGGUUCAUAAAAGAGUUGUUUUCAUGUGGUUAUUGUAGGGAGUAUAUAUAAUUGUGGAAGGGGUAUGGGAAGAGUUGUGUAUAGUUAGUUGUCAUCUCUACAAGUUUGAAAGUUUUCCUAUCAAACAUUAUCAAUAUCCCAAUGUUUUAAAAAUUGAGUGAGGGUUAUUAUUUGUAUCUGAUGAAAGAAAAUUCAAAUAAGGCCCACCUAGAAAUAGAUAUUUUAUUAUAUAUGUGCUAUAGAUAUAUCUAUAUAGUACAAAUAGACAUGUGUGAUGCAUAUAUACAAUGUUAUAUAUGUGUAUAUGUGUGUAUACACACUAAGUCUGUAAUAUGUACACACUAGAUUUGUGUUAUGCUAACAUCUUCAGGGUCUGCACUGUGAACUCCCCUGGAGAUAAGUAAGGCCACUUUAGAAUAAAGAAGUUCUUUUGUGACUUCAGUUACUAACCUGCUUUAAGAGGUAUCUAGUUUAUAACUGAAUCCUAUGUCAUUCAUACGUAGAGUUACAGUGAGGGUCUAGUAUGUCCAAAUCUUAAAAAUAAUAAUAAAGAAGAAAAGUAAAGCCUUCAAGCUAGCAAUGUAUCCGAAUUGCAGUUUUCAGAUUGUGGCUCCAGGCCUUGUGUUUCUCAUUUAAGUAGCACCUUUUAAUAAAUAUCAUUUCUUUAUUUGUACUUGGCAAAAGCACAAGUGUUUCAAAUGUAAAUAGCAGGAAAAAAAAAGAGUUUACAGAGAUAGCAUUGCUGCACAGAAUAAUUGCUACUGAGUAUUUCUUACACAAUUUGUGGAAUUGAAAGAUGAGGUUUAUUCUGUCAAGUUCAUUCUGUUCAACACUGUUUUCUUAUUGUUCCUGUGUAGUAACCGGGUAUUAUUGUUUUAUCAUUUGUAAAAUUGUAAAAUAAAUUAAAUCCUUUUUUUCACUGUU